AUGUCGUCAAAAACGACACAUGGCGCCGACCAUGUAGAAAUACCAAUAACAGAGAUUGAAGAAGACAAAGACUCUCCAAACACUGAAGGCAGUAGCUUCAGUCUACUAAGUCUUGCAGGCUCCAUGUUGGGACACCACGAACACCAGUUGACAGAUGAAGAAAAGGAACUCGAGAAGACGGGCAUAACCAUUGUUGCUAUCGACAAAGAUCGCACUCUGCAUGUGUUGGAUAAAGAAGACGUAAAACUCUUGAAGCUUAUGAAAACCUGGAUGGAAAAACAUAAGCCUACUCUGGAAGAGCUUAUUGAUAAAUUCGAAUCCCACGAUACAGCAGAUGCAAUAGCAAAAAUACUCUUCGAUUAUCCGUUUCCCGACUUUAUUCUCAAGUUUAAAAAGGAUGAGGGGGAAGACACAAUUACCAAUUCACAAAUCCGUCGCAACUUUGAGAGGCUGCUGCUUUUAUCCGGAGUGCUUGUUGAAUUUGAAGAUGACACAGACAAGGAGUACAGUUUUGUCAAAAUAUGGGUUCCAUUUAGAAGAAUGUGCGAAGAAGCGGAGGAAUUAAAGUUGAAAAUGCCGCUAGACAUGAAAAAAUUUCCCAACCUGGAAGAGCCUGCGCCUGGCUGGAAGGUUACAGAACUUCUUCGAACAUAUUUCACUUACAAAAUAGAUAUAAAUGAAGAAUCGGCUGAUUUUAAAGCAGACCGCUUGCAUCGAUACGAUCGUGCGGAAGAAAACCAAUCAUGGUCUCAUAUCGUCCUCACAUUCUGGCCUGGUUCUAAACGCACUCUUCUUACCCACCAUAUAAUUAUUAAUGCUAAUCAAGUUCGCCUUGACGAAACAGCUGGUGAUACAAGGAAAAGGAGGCUUAGAAACUUGGCCAUUAGUAAACUUUUGAAGGAUGGCGUGUACAAGGAAUUUUUCCCCUUGCAUGACGGACCAUUCAAGUCAAAGGGAAAUGACAAAGACGUGGAUAAAUUGAAUAUAAGGGCUCAGUUAUAUGCUUUGUGGUUUAAGGCUCGUGGAAUGCAGCCUAUGGAACUUAUCAGGGAGUAUCUCGGUGAAAAGUUGGCCUUGUACUUUGCUUGGCUUGGCUUUUAUACUGCUUGGCUACUAGUUGCUUCCGUAUUCGGGAUUAUUGUUAUUUUAUUUGGUGUAAUAGAUGCUGCUAGAAACGGAUUUAAGGAUGGCAUAUCGUUAAUAUGGGAUAAUGCGCUUUCAGCUCCAUUUGCUUUCAUCAUGUCCAUUUGGGCAACAUGUUUUCUUGAGACAUGGAAGAGAUAUAAUGCCGCUUUACAAUUCGAUUGGGACGUACUUGAAUUUGAGAAAGAAGAGUUACCACGACCGGAAUUCGUUGGCACUAUGGUUAGAAAGUCGCCAAUCACGUUCAAGCAAGAGAUUCACUUUCCAUUUAAUAAGCGUUUGCGAAAAUUAUUUGUAUCGGGAAUGAUUGUGUUUCUUUCAAUAUGUAUUGUUACGGUGACUAUCGGUGUACUGCUUAUAUAUCCAAGACGUCUUUUUGAUUAUAGUAAUGCGUGGGGAAGUGUCGUUGUCGCGUUGAUUAAUCUUGCAACCGUAAUAACGUUAAAUAUGGUAUAUUCUCAAUCGGCCAUUUGGUUGACUGACUUUGAAAACCACAGAACGGCCACAUCUUAUGAGGAUUCGUUGAUCCUUAAAAUUUAUUUGUUCGAUUUCGUCAAUUUUUACUCUGCUCUGUUUUAUAUCAUGUUGUUCAAACAAAAAUUUGUCAAAGCGAUACAGCCCGACGCCCCGGAUGGCUGUCAAUUCCAGAGUUGUUUAACCGAACUCACUAUUCAAUUGGCCAUUAUUCUUAUUGGCAAACAAGCCUUUGGACAAUUUCAAGAGUUGCUUCUUCCCUGGAUACUCCGUAAAUUCCGCAAAGGCGCCAUCCUUGAUGAAAUGAAGUCUUUUGAAGAAAAACACAAACGUUCAAAGAGAAAGGAUUCGGAUAUACCACAGUGGGCCCAGGACGAUCGGUUGGUUUCCAUCCACAGUGAAAUGCGGUCUGAAUAUGAAGAAAUGGUCGUUCAAUUUGGCUUCAUCUCCUUGUUUGCUACCGCCUUUCCACUAGCCCCAUUAUUUGCCUUUUUGAAUAAUUUAACAGAAAUUCGAUCUGACGCGUACAAGUACCUUGUAACAUAUCAGAGAUCUGUUGGACAUCAAGCACAAGAUAUUGGCAUGUGGGAAAACAUUCUCCGAGUUGUUUCACUCUUGGCCGUACUUACUAAUGCAGGGAUCAUAGCAUUCCAUUCUACUUACAUGCGGAACCAGUUCAGCAAAUAUAUUGAUAAUGAAGAUCAAUUACUUGUUGCAAGAUUGCUAUUUAUGCUUAUAUUUGAGCAUGCUGUGUUUUUACUCAAAUUAGGUUUUUCUCUGUUGAUUCCUGAUGUACCGAAAGCCGUUCGCAUCGCUAUAGAGCGCGAGAAUUACAUGGCUCGUAUUGCUCUUGACGAUGAGGAUCCAGCUGCUGAUGAAUUGGAGGAGGCUGAAGAGGAUGAUAAAAAGAUAUAUUCACUUGUUGGUUCUUUGAACCUGAACAAACUUAAAAGAGUCGCGCAUCAUGGUCAUGUGUACUUUCACGAAAAAUCCCAGUAA